AUGUUAGAAAUACGAAUUCAUUGUAAAUUUUUACUACAACAUUUUAAUCAUCUGGAAGAUUUUAUCUCAUCUAUUGGUUAUUUACCAUUGAAUAAUAAUGCAAAAGCCAUUGAAAUAAAAAAUAAACGUUUUAAAAUUAUACAAGAAGCCAAACGUCACUGGUUAAAUUAUUUCUUAAAUAUUUAUCCAAUAAAAAUACGAGAAUAUGAACAACAAUAUCAAAAUGAAUUCAUUAAAUUGGAAUCACUCUUCUCAAAUAAUAAUGAUAAUAUGAUCAACGAUACAACAAUGUUAAAUAAUAUUAAAGAACAUAUCAAUAAUCGAAUAAAUAGAUUAAAAAAAGACAUUUAUGAUAAAAUCAUAAUAAUCAAUUUUUCAUACUUUCUUAUCCCUAAUAACGAAGAGAAAAGACUUCAUUUAUUACGUAUCAAAAACAAGACAUUAUCUCUUUCUUCUUUUUCUCCAUUGAUGAGUCAUCGAAAAAGAGCCACUUAG